UUGAAAAUGUGAACAGUUCAGUCAAAUCACAACGAAUCCCCCGGCUAUAAAUAGCAUGCAAUGCCAAGCGACAAGAGUAUCUCGGUGCACUUCAUACUGAAAUUAGAUAACAGUGUAAGCAAAAGCAAGCAUGGUGAUCGUAGUACGUAUGGUUCUCUUGUUGGGGAUUUUGCUAUUCAGCCUUGGAGUUGCAGAGGUUUCGUCUGAUCUCAGGAUAGAAGAAAAGGAAGAAGAUGUAAUCCACGUUGGGCAGCUUGUUGUGAGAGGUGUAAACAGAAGGCUUAUGCAAGACAUAGAUUGUGGAGGAUUAUGCAAACAGAGGUGCAGUGUUCACUCUCGGCCAAACUUGUGCAACAGGGCAUGCGGGACCUGCUGUUUGAGAUGCAAAUGCGUCCCGCCUGGGACCUCCGGGAACAGGGAGGUGUGCGGGACUUGCUACACCGAUAUGACCACCCAUGGAAAUAGAACCAAGUGCCCAUGAGGCCCACCGGCCCACCAGCAAGCUGGCCCGGACCAUAACUGGGUUCUCUGUGUUUCAUCGUUUAGAGCUUUUUAGUUCUGGUAUCAAUAAUAGGACUGUGUUUUUGUUUGGACGCUAAGAAAAUCAAAAGGUUGCCUGUAGUAUUUGAACAUUUCAUGUGGGUUGUGUCUGCAAUUAUGUAUAUUUUAAUGGAAGUAUGGAUGGAGUAAUGUGAUGUUAUGUUGUUAUC